AGCUAUUGCUUGCGAAAUCGUGCCGCGCUCGGGCCGCGUGCUCACGCAAUUGUGGGCCAUAGACGUGCUCAGGCUGUUUAACGCAUCGCUGCGACUGUCCACGCGAGCUCACGCAAGUUUCGAGCAUCGCUGCCGGCUCAAAUUUGCUCUCUGUAUAGAGCUCACUGCCGUGCAAGAGAUGUCGCGCCUCGCGGACUACAGCAAAUUUGAUAAUCUGGACGACAGCGACGACGACGCGCCGGCACCCGCACCGCCACAACAGAAGCUCGACCCCCAAGGCAUCCCCGAGGGCGCGCAGUACACGAAGCCGACGAUGACGAAUGAAGUCAAGGGCGGCAACGUCGCGCGCACGCGCGAGGCCGCCGGGCCCGACGGCCACGUCAUGGACGCCAAGGGCGGCGUCCGGUCGGUGGGCUCGCUGACGCCCAAGGGCAGCGAGGUCGGCCGCUACCAGUUCAAGCACGAAGGUCGAUUGAUUUAUGAAUGGGACCAGAGCUUGGAGGAUGUCAACAUCUAUGUGAAGCCGCCUCCUGGAGUAACGCCGGACAUGAUCGACUGCAAGCUGACGCCGUCGCAUUUACGACUUGGGUUAAGGGGCAACCCGCCGUUCCUGGACGAGCCGACGGGCGGGCCCAUCGUCGCCAAAGAGUCGCACUUCUACAUGGUCGACGGCGAGAUCACGGUGGCCAUGUCGAAAAUGAGAAAAGGAGAAACGUGGGGCACGGCCUUAGGUGGAAGGGGCCAGGUCGACCCCUUCACGCGCCAGGAGAUCCAGCGCGAGCUCAUGAUCGAAAGGUUUCAGGAGGAGCAUCCCGGCUUCGACUUUAGGUCUGCCGAAUUCAACGGGCAAGUCCCCGACCCGCGCGCGUUCAUGGGGGGGGUCAAGUACACCUAGUUAGUAGUCCAC